CUUAGCUGCAGACUUCGCUCACGCCCCGGGCUCUCUGCAAAAACUCGCCCCUUCGGUCGCGCGCCUGGAUUCCCCAGGGGCCCCGGGCCCGCAGCCUCGUCCCCCGCCUUUGCCUGCCCCAGACCGCGGCCUGCGGCUGAGAGGGCCCGGGCGGGGCGGCCCUAGCGGCUGCGGCUGCGUUGGCGCCCAGGCCGCUGCGCGAGGCCCGCUGGCCGGGAGGGGGAGGCGGGGGGCGCGGGGCAGCCCCGCCUUUCCCCCCGAGGAGGCGCCGGGCGGCCAUAUUGCGGAGCUGUCUGCGGUGACGGCGGCGCCUCUCCUCUCCGGCUGCACGGCGCUCGCACCACCACCUCUCCCUCCCUGCCGCAGCCCCAACGCCUGGCGCCACCGCGCAGUGCCCCAGCCAGUCGGCGGGCGGGCAGGCAGGAACCGCUCGCUCUCGGAAGGUGACAACAGAAUUAUAGACGUGAAGAAUUUUUAAAGAAAGUAACAGAAAGAGAAGGAAAAUGCCGAAACCAAUCAAUGUACGAGUAACUACAAUGGAUGCUGAACUGGAAUUUGCCAUUCAGCCCAAUACAACUGGCAAACAGCUUUUUGACCAGGUGGUGAAAACAGUUGGUUUGCGGGAGGUCUGGUUUUUUGGGCUGCAGUAUGUAGACAGCAAAGGUUAUUCUACGUGGCUUAAACUAAAUAAAAAGGUGACGCAGCAAGAUGUUAAAAAAGAGAAUCCUUUACAGUUCAAGUUUAGAGCUAAAUUCUUUCCUGAAGAUGUUUCUGAGGAAUUAAUUCAAGAAAUAACCCAGAGACUUUUCUUCUUGCAAGUUAAAGAAGCCAUCUUAAAUGAUGAGAUAUAUUGCCCACCAGAAACUGCAGUUCUUUUGGCCUCCUAUGCUGUCCAAGCCAAGUAUGGAGAUUAUAAUAAAGAGGUUCAUAAACCAGGCUACCUGGCUAAUGAUAGACUCCUACCCCAGCGUGUUUUGGAACAACACAAACUGACAAAAGAACAGUGGGAAGAAAGAAUACAGAACUGGCAUGAAGAACAUAGAGGGAUGCUAAGGGAAGAUUCAAUGAUGGAAUACUUGAAGAUUGCACAAGAUCUAGAAAUGUAUGGCGUCAACUAUUUUGAAAUAAAAAAUAAAAAGGGUACUGAAUUGUGGCUAGGCGUUGAUGCUUUGGGUCUGAAUAUUUAUGAGCAUGAUGACAAGUUAACACCUAAAAUUGGCUUUCCCUGGAGUGAAAUCAGAAAUAUUUCAUUUAAUGACAAAAAAUUUGUUAUAAAGCCAAUCGACAAAAAGGCACCUGAUUUUGUUUUUUAUGCACCACGUCUGAGAAUCAAUAAGCGGAUUUUGGCCUUAUGUAUGGGAAACCAUGAACUAUAUAUGCGACGAAGGAAGCCUGAUACUAUCGAAGUACAACAGAUGAAGGCUCAGGCUAGGGAGGAGAAACAUCAGAAGCAGUUGGAAAGGGCACAGUUAGAGAAUGAAAAGAAGAAAAGAGAAAUAGCAGAAAAAGAAAAAGAAAGAAUAGAACGUGAAAAGGAAGAACUAAUGGAACGUCUAAGGCAAAUUGAAGAACAGACAUUGAAAGCCCAAAAAGAACUAGAAGAACAGACUCGAAAAGCUCUAGAACUGGAUCAGGAACGAAAACGAGCAAAAGAAGAAGCUGAACGACUAGAAAAGGAGCGUCAAGCUGCCGAAGAGGCCAAGUCUGCUAUAGCAAAACAAGCUGCUGACCAGAUGAAGAAUCAGGAACAACUAGCAGCAGAACUUGCUGAAUUUACUGCCAAGAUUGCACUUCUAGAAGAAGCCAAAAAGAAAAAGGAAGAGGAAGCUACUGAGUGGCAACACAAAGCUUUUGCAGCCCAGGAAGACUUGGAAAAGACCAAAGAAGAGUUAAAAACUGUGAUGUCUGCUCCUCCUCCCCCUCCCCCACCACCAGUCAUUCCUCCAACAGAAAAUGAACAUGAUGAACAUGAUGAGAACAAUGCUGAGGCUAGUGCCGAAUUAUCAAAUGAAGGAGUAAUGAACCAUAGAAGUGAGGAAGAACGUGUAACAGAAACACAGAAAAAUGAACGCGUAAAGAAACAACUUCAGGCAUUGAGUUCAGAAUUAGCCCAAGCCAGAGAUGAAACCAAGAAAACACAAAAUGAUGUUCUUCAUGCUGAGAAUGUUAAAGCAGGCCGUGAUAAAUACAAGACUCUUCGACAAAUUCGACAAGGCAAUACAAAGCAGCGUAUUGAUGAGUUUGAAGCAAUGUGAGAGUUGUUAUUUUGCAUACAUGUUCUUCAUAAGCUGAACCACCAACAGAGAAAAGCAGGCCUUUGCAGAUGUGAUGGAAUGCAUCCCACCUUGCCAAAGCACUUAUACCAGUUUGACUGUGGUGGCUGAAAGACAAAUUUAAGGGGAGCUCUUCAACAUUAAGGCAGUGCGAUGUCAUGCUCGGUUUUCUUUUUUGUUUGGGCCAGGGAAUGGAGAACCAUGUUCCAUCACCUCCUUUUACAUUUUUCAGUUUUUGUUUUUCUUUUUCUGUUGAACAUUUAACACUAAUUAUCAUGUCUGACAAAUGUGUAUGUGUGACUUGAGCACUUUGUGCAUUUUAAAGGAUAAUGGUGGACGUUUCAGUAAGUGUUUAGAUGGAGCACUCAGUUUUCCCUUGCCCUUUCUGUGUUUAACCUGUAUACAUUUCUUCAUUCUCUUACAUUUUCUCAGUGUUCCCUUCUCGUCUCCCGCCAUUCCCAUAGCCAUAAUCCUGCUAUCAUAUGGAUCAUUGGUAGUGUUUAAAAUUAUGGCAGGGUGAACAAGUCUUUGAACAUUGUGUAGAUGAUGACUGCGAAUCAUGAAAAGGAUUAAUACAUUUAAUAGUAUAGUGUGUAGCUCAUGGUUAGUUUUUUAAAAGAAAGUCCCAAUUUAAUUACAUUAUUGGAUAUUUGUUAUUUGCUUACCUAAUUACAAUCAUCUUUGACAGCUAAAUUGUUUGGUGUUUCAUCUCCUGUAAUUUUUGGUGGUUUUCUUUGACUGCCACUUCACAGAGGUGUAGUCAGCAGGUGGUUAGUUUUUUUUUUUUUUUUU